AUGGCUGAUCUCGCGAGCCGUAUUACCGAGCCACCUGCGGAGGGCGCCGAUGCUGCUGCUGCUCCCGCUCCUCCAGCCGGUGAUGAGCCCUCUGCUGUUGGCGGCCCCGGUCUCUGGGACUCGGAACAUAAUGUCAAGGUCACGUCACCUGAGAUUCUUCGCGGUCUUCUUGCCCUCGGAUACCACAAGCCUUCCAAGGUUCAGGGGGCAGGCAUCCCUCUGAUGCUUCAGGACCCUCCUCAACAUCUCCUUGCCCAGUCACAGUCCGGAACCGGAAAGACCGCCGCCUUUUCGAUCGGCAUGCUUUCGCGUAUCGACUUGUCUCAGCCGGAUGUCCCGCAGGCCCUGGCUCUCGCUCCUAGCCGAGAACUGACCCGCCAGAUCGAAAAGGUGAUCACCGAGAUUGGCCGCUUUUGUGAGGGUCUCAAGGUUGCUGCUGCGGUUCCGGGAGGAUUGGCUCGAGGCGAGCCUGUCAAGGCUAACAUCAUUGUUGGCACUCCCGGCACGGUUGCCGAUGUCAUCAGGCGCCGUCAGCUAGAUGUUUCAAAGCUCCGCGUGCUCGUGAUCGAUGAGGCCGAUAACAUGUUGGACCAGCAAGGCCUCGGUGAGCAGUGCAUGCGUAUCAAGCAGAUGCUCCCGCGAUCUAUACAGGUGCUGCUCUUCUCCGCCACCUUCCCCGACAAGGUGAUGAGUUAUGCAGACCGAUUUGCCCCAAAGGCGCUCAAGAUGACAUUAGCUGCUAGCGAGCAGACGGUGAAGGGUAUCUCCCAGAUGUAUAUGGACUGUCCCAGCGAGAAGGACAAGUAUGACAUCUUGUGUAAGCUCUAUGGGCUCAUGACAGUUGGAUCAAGUGUCAUUUUCGUCAAGACACGUGAGAGUGCGAGCGAGAUUCAACGCCGUAUGGAAGCCGACGGCCACCGCGUGUCUGCGCUUCACGGAGCAUUCGAAGGCAACGAACGAGACGCCCUUCUUGAAGAGUUCCGCUCUGGAAAGUCCAAGGUACUUAUCACCACGAACGUCCUGGCCCGUGGUAUCGAUGUGUCGACUGUUUCCAUGGUUAUCAACUACGACAUCCCCAUGAAGGGUAGGGGCGACAGCGAGCCUGACCCAGAAACCUAUCUUCACCGAAUUGGCCGAACCGGUCGAUUCGGCCGUAUCGGAGUCAGUAUCAGCUUCGUCUACGAUAAGAAGAGUUUCCAGGCCCUCAGCGAUAUCGCCAACCUUUACGGCAUCGACCUCGUCCAGUUGAGCCCUGAUGACUGGGAUGACACGGAGAAGCAGGUGCAAGAUGUGAUUAAAUCGAACCGCGCCCAGGCUGCAUUCGUUCCCAGCGCAACUGAUCCUCGCCAAGCACCGGAGGCUUAG